CCCGGAUCUGUGCCUGACAGUCCUCUGCUCCUCCGGGAGUUCAGAGUCGAUCGCCACGGCAGCUCGAAUCACUUCAUGGAGCCAUCAACCUUCUUUCUAUGAUGUACAUUUCCAAUCGACAGAUCCCAGACCAAUCGACCUUUUGGGAAGCCAGGUUCGCUCGCAAGAGCUUGAGCCUGCGUGGAACAGAGGACCCGAAGGCGCCAUAUUCCGUACCUUUCACCGAGAUCAUUGAUCGUUGAGGUUGAGGAUAACCAUGGCAUGCCUACAUCAUAAUAGCACUCGCGUAGACUUGGCACCGGCUCGCCGUAUUUGGAUUGAAUAUGAUUUAAAGUAGUUACGUGCAGUGAUCCAUCACUUGAAGGUGUCGCACUAUGCUAGGCAUUAUUGCAUGCUACUUUUGCAUGUCUCGGCAUCUGUUUUUUCCCUUGUGCGCUGCAAGUUGUGUCAUCCGCAAGUCGCCGCUAUACUGUUACAUUCAAGUCAGCAACAUAGCUUGUAGAAGGACCGAGAGUUGCCCAGCGUCCGGCCGAUUUGCCGAAACUUCUCAGAGGAUGGCUGUUAUGCUUGAGCUUGUUACAAUAUUAUCGCACCAGUCUGGAACCUCCUUAUUCCAGAGUUGUGACCGAGGCAUUGCAAGCCUUCCUCAGCAAACAAGGACAAAACUUUGCCUACGCUUAGAGAUCACGAGGCUUUGGCACGGCACAGUGUUCUAGGCAGAGUCGAAUACACAAAGAAGUUGCUUCACUAUCGUCAUAACCCCAGUCUAUAUAUCCAGCUAGUGAAAUAAUUAGAACUAUUGAGC